GAAGGAAGCAAGAGACUGAGGAAGAUAAAAAGAAAGGGAAUGAAAGAAGAGAGGGGUGGCUACGGCAAGAGGGAGACACAGCCAAACUUGGAAUGCUUCCUGGGGAGUGGCCCUGCUCGUCCUAUUCCCCAGCCAAAGGGGGGGACCCGACUGAAAAAGGACAUGCUGCCUUUGGGACCCAAGCUUCUGUUGUGCUUCAUUGCACUCUUCAUGCCCCCUGAUUGGAUUCGACUAGGGGUUAAUGGUCAGAGAGGAGAUGAGACAACUCAAGAGACAUUUACAGAUGAUCCUAAUCUGGUUGUGAAUGAUCCCCCAACAGAUGACACAGUUCUUGUUGAUGUUGUGCCUUCCAUAGAUGAUCAGGCCAUCUCCAGUGACAAAAACACCACUGCAGAGUGCCGGGAGGAGCAGUUUCCCUGUACACGUCUGUACUCAGUGCAUCGGCCGGUGAAACAGUGUAUCCAUCAACUAUGCAUCGUCAAUGUCCGCAGGAUGUACAUCAUCAACAAAGAAAUCUGCUCCAGGCUCAUCUGUAAAGAACAUGAGGUUAUGAAAGAUGAACUUUGCCGUCAGAUAGCAGGUCUUCCUCCAAGACGUCUCCAACGUUCCAACUACUUCCGUCUCCCAGUUUGUGAAGAUGUGGAUGUGCAAAGGGCCAAUGGCCUGUGAUCAUUAAAGAAGAAGAAUGGAGAACGGGGGCAAGAGGGGAGGAAAAGGGACCAUUUAUUUCCUAGUUCAGCUCAUCUAUGGAUAUCAAGAUGUCUUGGUCUGGUUCCUCUGCCCUUUCCCAUGGCCUCUGUCCCAAACUGCCAGUGUUGGGCUCUUUCUUCAGCACUUCAAGUGGUGCUGCCAAUCUGUAACAUCACUGUAUAAUAGGGAUAUCUAAUGACUAUAUAGCUGACCUGGAUUCCAGAAAGGUGGGGUAUCAAGUAGAUGACAUAUAGGGAGGGAGUCUAUUCUUGGUAGCCUAGAGAAUUUCAUAUAACAUAUUGCUUUCAAAGAACCCUUUAAGCUUUGUUUCCCCUAGUAGCUCCCCUUCACCUACUUAUUUCUCCUUACUCUUCUUUUGACUUGUGUAUAGUAGUAGCUAAAGUUUUAGCAUUUGCCUAUUAAACCCUCUCUGUGGGGAAAAUGAUGGUGCUUUCCAACACCUGGUGUCCUUCUCAGAGAACUCUAGUUCCUCCGAGAAUAUUUAAACUUAAGCCUUUUUUUUCAGCUUGGGUAUGAGCCUGAGGACCAAACCAAAUAAAGGACUAGGAUCUCUUUCCUAGGAUCAUAUUUGGCAAUGCAGCUGGAAGCCAGGUAUCAUUUAUUGACUCAUUCAUUGACUCAUUCAAAUCACUCAAGCAUUUAAUGAUUUAUUUUAUGACUUUUUACAUAACAGGGAAUCCCACUAAUCCAAAGAAACUCUAAUUGGGAUAGCUGAGUCAUUUCUAUUACAGGACAUCAACUCUUUGCCUUUGUUGACCCAUUUUCUUGACCUGUGCUAAGUCUGUGAGGAAGCAAUAUAAGAAUGUGGAUUUCCAGCCAUGGGGAAGAUUUUGCUGAAUCUUUGGACUAUCAAAUAUGUGAUUAGCUUGGAGAAAACAAAAACAGUAAUAUUAAAAUAGAAAAGAAUAGAAGUUAAUACAAUCCAGAAAAAAAUAGAACUGGAAUGAGAUUAUGAAAUGAUUUAUUCCAGUAAAGAAAAUUAAAGAUUGAUGUGUCAUGGUAGAUAGAUAUUUUCCCAUAAAGAAAAUCCUAUAGAAGGAAUGUUUUGGAGGCUUUGUACAACUUAGGAGAUAAGGCUUGUCAGUGGAGAGUCAUUGAUAAAUUCCAUAGAGAAAGUACCAGAUAAAUACCCUGAGAAGAAUGCUUUGUUUAUUGUGUUAAGAAUUAUGAAAAGGGCUAAGAAUAGGGUAUUGCAUGAGGGAUAAGAUAUGAGCAAAAUAUAAUAUCAUCCACAAGUAUA